CUCGGCCUGUGCAGAUACAGUGCUUCCGGAGCCCUAAGGAGAUCAGUGCUGGGAAUUGAACCCAGGGCUUUCUGUCUGACAAAGGGAGUUCAAGGCAGAGUAGUCUCAGUUUCCUGCUCCAGGCCAUCUACAUGCUGAAUUGUUGACCUACCAAAGAGAUUUCUAGACAAAAUAAAACAGGGGAAAAUACAGAUUCAAAGAGGAUGGAUCCGUGUUCAGUUGGAGUUCAGCUUCGUACCACACACGACUGCCAUAAAACCUUCUAUACUCGGCACACAGGUUUCAAGACAUUGAAAGAAUUGUCAUCAAAUGAUAUGCUUUUACUUCAGCUUAGAACUGGAAUGACACUUUCUGGGAAUAAUACAAUUUGUCUCCAUCAUGUAAAAAUUUAUAUUGACAGAUUUGAAGAGUUACAGAAAUCGUGUUGUGACCCAUUUAACAUACACAAGAAGCUAGCCAAAAAGAAUCUGCAUGUCAUUGACUUAGAUGACGCCACUUUUCUGAGCGCAAAGUUUGGAAGACAACUUGUACCUGGUUGGAAGCUUUGCCCAAAAUGUACCCAGAUCAUCAAUGGAAGUGUGGAUGUUGAUUCAGAUGACCGCCAGAGACGGAAACCCGAGUCAGAUGGAAGGACUGCUAAAGCUCUGAGGUCACUACAGUUUACAAACCCAGGAAAGCAAACUGAAUUUGCUCCAGAAAGUGGUAAAAGGGAGAAAAGAAAGCUCACCAAAAAUGCAAGCGUUGCUUCCGACAGACAAAUUAUUCCAGCAAAGAGUAAGGUGUAUGACAGCCAGGGCCUGCUGAUUUUCAGUGGCAUGGACCUCUGCGACUGCCUGGACGAGGACUGCUUAGGAUGCUUCUACGCCUGCCCCACUUGUGGCUCUACCAAAUGUGGGGCCGAGUGCCGCUGUGACCGCAAGUGGCUGUAUGAGCAGAUAGAGAUUGAAGGAGGAGAGAUAAUCCAUAAUAAACACGCUGGAAAAGCAUAUGGUCUGUUAUCUCCCUGUCACCCAUAUGAUAUUUUACAAAAAUGAUCACCCAAAUAUUGACCAACAAAGACGAAAACGAAGCAAGGAAAUGAACAGUGACAUUUCUGGAAGUGAAAUUUGGAUCAGUCGUAAAUGGAAUUGUAGACAUCGCCGCUGGUCAUGGGAGUGUUGAUUACCAUUGCUGUUAUGAAGACGUGUGCACCAGAGGAACCUGAUGAUGGAAACUUACCCACAUUGCUAAGAGAAGCGGCUGGGAUGAGCAAGAAGACGGUCCUAGACAAAGUUAUGGUAAAACUUAGAUGUUAAAGGCUGUUGUAACUAGAUAACUUCACAACAUUGGAAUGUCAGAACAGUUCCUGCGCAGUGUUACUAACAAAACAAACGCUGUUCAGACUACUUAGGCAAGACAAUAAAACUUCAAUUCUCAAUACAUAAACUUUAAUUUUCUUGUCCAUUUAUAGCUAUAAGUUUUUAAUGUUUUGAUGGAUAUUUAAAGGUCAUACAGCAGUUCUCUUUCCUCUUGGUGCAUGACCUCUAUGGUGCUGUGCAAAUAGGCCCAGCCCUUAACCUGAAGCAGGGCCUGUGACACAGAAAAUUGAUCUCCGUACAACACAAUAGGUGGACAUUUUGAAAAGAAACUAGAUGCCUAAGUGCUAAAAUAUAGUUCUUUUAACUAGAGAUGAACACAGACCAUCAGCUUGUUUUUUUAAUUGGAUAUUUUCUUUAUUUACAUUUCAGAUGUUAUCCCCUUUCCCAGUUUCCUCACCUCCCUCUCCCAUCCUCCAUGGGUGUUCCUCCACUCACCCACCCACUCCCACCUCCCCGCCCUCAAUUCCUCUACACUGGGGCAUCUAUAGAGCCUUCAUAGGACCAAGGACCUCUUCUCCAUUGAUGCCUGACAAGGCCAUCUAUGCAUUCUUGGUGAAAAUUUGUUCCUGAAGGAAAAUCUGUUUCUCUUUUUACAUUUAAAACAUGAGUGUGUAGUAUGUAAGUGGCUGAACAUGUUCUCAGUCACUGUUCUGUUGCUGUGAAGAGGCACCAUGACCAAGGCAAUGCUUAUAAAAGGAAGCAUUGUAUUGAAGGCUUGCUUACAGUUUCAAAGGUUUAGCCCAUUACCAUCAUGGCGGGGAGCAUGGUGGCCUGCAGACAGAUGUAUCAGUAUCUGAGAUCUUUAUGUCCUUAACCACAGGUAAGAGAGACUCUGCCUGGCAUGGCUUUUGAGACCUCAUUGCUCACCACCAGUGACAUACUUUUCCAACAAGGCCACCCUUCCUAACUCUUAUCAAAUAGUACCACCUGCUGGUAAAUAAGCAUUCAAGUGUGUGAUGAGCCUAUGGGGGCCCUUAUUCAAAUCAUCACAGCAGUAUUUCUGGCUGUUAAAACUGUGGAUAGAUGUGAGGAUUGAGACUUCUAAAAGUGUCCCUCAAGAGAGUGAUGAAAACUUGGGGAAGCUGGGACAUGUGGGAUAGAAGCGGGGCUGCUGGGUACUGAUGAAGUCUGCUGAGAAGUCAGAAUGGAAGCCGCUCCAGCACUUCUUACUAAGGCCUUUGUAGGCUCCUGUAGCCUCCAAGGUUCUGUUGUUCCUGAAUCUUUAGUAGCUUAAAAUACUUAGAAGCAUGAAAGCCAGUUUGAGUUUUCCAAUACAAUAGCAUUUUGUUUAGUUGGUAUCUCUACACUUGCUUGCUUUUCUUUGAUAAAAUACCAUUUCCAACUUGGAGUUCAGUGUGCUUUCAGUUAGGGUUUUUCUUUGACCCAAGUGUCAGAAACCUAAUGAGCAAACCAUUAGAUCCGAGUGUCAGCUGAGUGGUGUCAAAAAGGUUUCUAACUAUAUUUUUAAAUUAAAAGGUAGAACUAUUUACUUUUUCUAAAUUAAGGGAAUGUUUUGCAGGGCUAAAGAUAGACUCCAGUUUUAUCUGAACUCUUAGAAUCCUUUGGUUUUGGUCAUUUUUUUAUUUCUUUUUGUUCCUAAGUGUGGGUUAGGGCAGCACAUUGCUUGGGCUCUUGAGAGGAAACUUCUGUGUGUUUUCCUUGCAGUGGGGCCUUGCACUGUAACCCAGGCUGGCCCUGGACCUCUGCAGCCUUCGUAUCACAGCCCUUUUUGUGUUGGGAUGACAUGCAUGUAUUACCAUGCUGCUAAAAUUAAAGUUUGGGGCAUUUAUUUUUACUUAUAAUGGGAGUAUAUUUCUAGUGGGGAAAAGACUUUAUAUAAAAAUGGCUAUAUUUAAUCAUUCCUCCGAGCAGAUCUGUUCUUUUUGUUAAGAGAAUAACUUUUUCCAAGGGGAAGGUUCUCAACAGUUAUGCUGUUUGUUAUUUGUGUAUAUUUGAGGACCAAACAUACUGUAGAGUUAAUGACAAGAGUAUAUCUGAUCUCGCGUAAACUAAUAAAGACUGUAUUUUAGAAAUAAACAAUGCAGGCUUACUGUUUAAUUUUUAAGUGUGUAUGUGUGAGAGAGAGAUCUUAAGUUCACUAAUAAAGACUCACUGUUUUUAAAUGUGUAUCAUCUUGAGUAAACUAAUAAAGAGUAUUUUAGAAAUGA